AGGGACACAGUUCUUCUUUAAAAAUGAAUAUAAACCAAAUGCAGUUUCACUUCACCACAGCAUGAGUGGAACGUAAUGCAUUCAUAUCGUGGUACAACAGCCCUAUAGGAGAACUAACCACAAACAGAUUUUCACGUAUCCUCCUAAUGAAUAUUUAGAAAGCGGCAGCGCUGAACGCUUUUCUAAACUGAAUGUGCUUUAAGUAUAGUGGUGGAGAUGUAAGGUAACUAGUGUAACAUGUAUUACGGUAACGAGAAGUUGAGUCCCGCCUUCACUACGUCACGUGACCAGGAAGCGGGACACAAAAAAACUUGUCUGCUGCUCGACUUCUGGGGGUUUUGAAAGCUGGAGAAGCGUCAUGACUAAGCUGCAGCUUUUGAAUGAUUAUUUGACCGAGCGGCUAAUGGCUGCUGUACGGGAGAUACUGGAGGUGGUGGGAAGCACGGUGCUGGAAUAUGAGGAGGAAAGCGCCCGGGCACAGCGCGAAAUCGAGCUGUUGCGGCGGAGGCUGCGGGACGCCGGAGCGGAAGCACCAGUUUGGCCCGAAGCUUCACAACCAAUAGAGAACCUUGAGCCCGAAGCAGUGUCCCCCACUGAGCCGGAGCUGGAUGGGCAGGACUGGAGCCUCCAGAGGGAGAUUUCUCCCAGUGAGGAGAAGCUCUGCGUCGGGCAGAGGCAGCAGGAGGCCAGCAUGCAGUGUCUGCCGUUUACGCCACCUGGCCUGAAGAGUGACCACGACCAGGACUCAGAGCUGCCCGAACUUUUCAAAGUACAGAUCGAGAGUCCCACAGAGGAGCCGCACGUGGCAGAUAUGGAGCCUGACCUUGUUAAAAAAGAAGCCGAUGGGCCCAGCUACAGUGAGUCACAGCAGCGAGCUGACUCGGUGUGGGCCAGUGACUCGCGGGCGCAAAUGCGAGAGCCGCCAUCGGUGAACUUGAGGCAGCUCCCAGGGAAGCGGACUCAUUCCUGCCCACAGUGUGGGAAGACCUUCUGCCACAUGUCCCGGCUGAAGAUACAUCUGCGGAUUCACACGGGAGAGAAACCGUACAGCUGCUCCCUGUGCGGCAAACGCUUCAAUAACGACGGCACGCUCAAGAACCACCAGAGGGUCCACACGCAAGUGCGGCUCUACAGCUGCACACAGUGCGGCAUGAGGUUUAAGGAUGCCUACACCUGCAAGAAGCACCAGAAGAUGAGUCAUUUCGGAGGAGCUGCAGGAAGAGAGACAGAAGCUGAACUGAAAUCCUGUGCAUCAGUGUUUCAUCAUAAACGAUAACUUACUUUGGUAGCAGAGCAGUUCAGCACACAGAAUACCCACAAAGACGGCAGUUUUUACUUCUGGUGAAUCAGCCGGUGAGCUGCCAUGGAACAGCAGAGGCUGUGGUUACUCACCUCGGCAACACGAGUUACAUUCACCUUCUUAUUGUUGUGGGCGAAUGAUCUGUCUGCUGAACUGGGUAACUGUGAUUAAAAAGUAUGACUUAAUUGCAAUGAAGAAAUCAGUAUUUAAGAAAUGGGAAUCCCCUUCAGGGAGAACCCCAGCCUCCUAUCCUGUGUUGCGAGGGAGGGGCUCCAGGCCCUUCUGCAUCCCUGACCAGCUGUGAGAUGGAUGGAUGGAUGAAUGAAUGAAUGAAUGAAGUUUUUACCCUUAUGAUUUUCUAUAUUGGUUCAUCUGUAAUUUUUAAACAUGCAAAUAAAUUAAUAGCACACAAGGUGUGUUUUCUAACCCUAAACCCACAGGUCUUUCACAUCAUAUGUGUUUUUCUUCAGCUAGAAAGACUUUUUUUCUGAAAUUGAUCCACGUAAAUUAAAGCACAUUGAAUCUGCAGGGGGAUGAUUCGCUGUUCUGGAUUCCAGGCAUGCUCUUGUCUCCUGUCUUCAGCUGUCUGCUUUUCAUGGUUAGCAGGGGGAAACCGUGUGACUGCAUCAGCAUCUCUGUGAUGCUAUGGUGAGCAGAGGACCUUUAAUCUGCAGGAUGUGUGAAUGUAUUAAUGUGUCUGCAUUAAACAUGUAUGUAUAAACGAA